UCCUUGCGGUCAGACCAGGUUUUCCAUCUGUGUGGCUCAGUGCCAGCCCAUGAACUCCACGCAGAGCUAUAAAAGGGACCCUCCACCGUUAGGAAAUGCUGAAAGAGGAUGCGUUUUUAGUCUUCAGAAAAGACUAAAAAAAACUCCACCACCCUGGUUGUCCCUCCAUUUGUGGAAGCCCAAGGAGAUCUUAAAACCAGAGUGUGUGAUGAUCCAAAUGCAUUUUUGACCUGCUUGGAAAUUAGCAUCUGAGAAUCCUGUGCUGGAGUUAAAAGGAUGGUCGAAUUACAGAGACAGGUUCUGCCUUCCUUCCUUCUUCUUGCCGUUGCCUGCAUUGCUGGUGAACGGAUUUUAAAACAAUCAGUGAGCUGGAUCUCCAAUGGACGAAAACCCUACAGCCUUUUGACCAAACAUAAUUCAGACAGCCAAGAAACAUGGACCAGCUGGUUCAACAUUGAUCAUCCCGGAGGGAACGGGGAUUACGAGCGCUUAGAUGCCAUUCGCUUCUAUUACCGGAACAGGGUGUGUCCAAGUCCCAUCCAGAUCGAAGCCCGGACCACUGACUGGGUCCCCGCCACCAGUUCAGGCCAAGUGGUUCACUCCAGUGUCCACGAGGGAUUCUGGUGCCUGAAUAAGGAGCAGCCCCCGGGGCAAACGUGCUUCAAUUAUGCAGUGCGUUUUCUCUGUCCUUCGGGGUCUUUGGCUGGCAAUCCCAAAUCCGUCUGGUCAUCGUGGUCAAUGUGGAGCUCCUGUUCUGGAAAAUGUGACCGAGCUGGUGUGCAGACGCGGAGAAGGAUGUGCCUUGCAGAUACUUUCAUGGAUCCCCGCUGCAAGGACAUCAGCGAGGAAGAGAGGGCUUGCCUGGGAUCCCCUUGCAAAGUUUGCAACAUGAUGUGCUCCAGGGGUUGGGCGAAUGCCGACUGCAGCGCAUGUUUCUGCCAAGAACAUUUGCUCCAUGGCACCGUUACCCUUCAAGAUGGCGCCCCGGCAGCUGGAGCCCGCCUCUAUCUGCAGGCGAAGCCACUGAAGUUCUUAACAGAGUUAGGCCACAAUGGGGCAUUUGAAGUCCCUGGCGUGUGCCCUGAUGGAAAAACCACCCUGCAAAUUAAAAAAUCCAAGUACGCAACGGCUGUGAUCACUCUGUCCGAGAGCGCUGAAAAUUACUCGGCUGUCCGCAUCUACUUGAAAAGAGCAGAAAAACCGUAUAUGACGAUGCAUCCAGAAAACAAAGCCAGAAGAGAGGGUCAGAGUGUGUCGUUCUGCUGUCACGCCAUUGGAAAUCCACCACCUGGCAGAUAUUGGUGGUUCCACAAUGAUACUCUGCUGGACCCUGCCCUUUAUAAAUAUAAAAGCAACUUGAUUUUGAAGAAUUUGAAGAUGAACCAAGCUGGACGAUAUUUUUGUAAGACCAGCAAUGAAGCAGGUUCGGUCAAGUCCCAAAGCGCAACCCUUUCUCUCAUAGGAAAGAACCGAGCAUCCUGUGAUUCCAGGCCCGAGAGUUAUCUUACCCUACUGCCCCACGAUUGCUUUCAGAACUCAACCAAUUCUUUCUACUAUGAUGUUGGUAGAUGUUCGCCUACAACAUGCUCUGGAACGUUACAUGAAGGUUUCUGGUGCAAGGACACCAUAACUUACUGCUGUGGGGUCUCCAAGAUGGAAACACGGGAUAUAACAUGUGCCGGCUACACACUUCCCAUCAAGGUCACCGUGGAGUGCGGCUGCCAGAAGUGCACCGAGGUCAAGGUCACCGUGCGAGGAAGAGCUGUAGCGUCUGAUACGGGAGAGCCCAUGAGGUUUGGUCAUAUCUAUAUGGGGAACAACAGGAUCAGCAUGACGGGCUACAAGGGCACUUUUUCUGUGCAAGUGCCCCCAGACACCGAGAGACUGGUUCUCACCUUUGUGGACCGCCUGCAGAAGUUUGUCAACACCACCAAAGUGUUGCCGUUCAACAGAAAUGGUGGGGCGGUCUUCCACGAGGUCAGGAUGUUAAGGAAAAAGCCACCAAUCACACUAGAAUCCACGGAGACCAACAUGAUUCCCUUGGGAGAAAUGGAGGGAGAAGAUCCGGUCGCUGAACUUGAAAUCCCUCCCAAUACAUUUUACAGACUGAAUGGAGAACUCUAUGUAGGGAAAGUGAAAGCCAGUGUGACUUUCCUGGACCCCAGAAAUGUCUCCGGUGCAGCCACGGCACAGUCUGACUUGAAUUUUGUAGAUGCUGAAGGGGACAUGCUUCCUCUGAGGACGUACGGCAUGUUUUCAAUGGAUUUCACGGACGAAACGGCAACAGAAUCGCUCAACGCGGGCCAAGUGAAGGUCCACCUGGACUCUGCUCAGAUCAAAAUGCCAGAACAUCUGCAAGGGAUGAAGCUUUGGUCUCUGAAUCCACAGACAGGUUUGUGGGAGGAAGAAGGGGAUUUUAAACCACAGCAGGACCACAGCAGGCGUGGAAAGCGAGAGGAGAGGACGUUUCUGGUGGGCAACAUGGAGAUACGAGAAAGGAGGCUGUUCAACUUGGAUGUCCCCGAAAACAGACGGUGCUACAUCAAGGUACGUGCUUACCGAAGUGAGAGAUACCUAUCCAGUGAACAGGUUGCAGGUGUGGUUGUCUCUGUAAUCAACUUAGAACCAACCCCAGGAUAUUCUACUAACCCUAGAGCUUGGGGGCGUUUUGACAGUGCCGUCACUGGCUCUAGUGGCGUUUGCGUCCCAGCUUUCUGUGAUGACCAAAAUCCAGAUGCCUACAGUGCCUACAUCAUGGCUAGUCUUGGAGGAGAAGAACUUGAAGCGGUUGCUUCCGCCCCCCAGCUUAACCCUUUUACUGUGGGAGUGCCACAACCGUACCUUAACAAGCUCAAGUACAGGAGAACAGAUCAUCUGGAUCCCAAUGUGAAGAAAACAGCCUUCAGGAUCAGCGUGGCCAAGCCUACUCCCAACGUCGCUGAAGAGAGCAAUGGUCCCAUAUACCCUUAUGAAAAGCUGCACGAGUGUGAAGUUGCUCUCCCGUCCGCGGCUCACUUCAGGUUUUACAGAGUCGAAGGAGACAAAUAUGACUACAACACCGUUCCUUUCAAUGAGGAUGACCCCAUGAACUGGACGGAAGACUACUUGGCUUGGUGGCCCAAACCAAUGGAAUUCAGGGCGUGUUAUAUUAAAGUGAGGAUCAAUGGGCCCCUUGAAUUGAUUGUGAGGUCUCGCAACACUGGGGGCACACAUCCACGGACUGUCGGUCAGCUGUAUGGCAUCAGGGAUGUGAGGAGCAUCCGUGCUAUGGGCCAGCCUAACCUUUCAACGGCGUGUCUAGAGUUCAAGUGCAGUGGCAUGUUGUAUGACCAAGGACGUGUUGACCGGACGCUGGUGAAGAUUAUUCCCCAGGGCAGCUGCUACAGGGAGAAUGUGAACAACAUGUUGCAUGAAUAUCUGGUAAACCACCUCCCUGUAGCCGUGAACAAUGAUUCCAGCGAAUAUACAAUGUUGGCUCCUCUCGAUCCGCUUGGUCACAACUAUGGGAUCUAUACCGUGACUGAUCAAGAUCCUCGGACAGCCAAAGAAAUAGCUCUGGGACGAUGUUUCGAUGGGAGCUCUGACAGCUCUUCCAGAAUUAUGAAGAGCAACGUGGGCAUUGCGUUAACAUUCAACUGUCACGAAAGAGACACGCGAGAAAACGUCUUCCAGUCCUUAAGAAACGUGCCCAGCAGGUUUCCAGCAAGCCCUUCUAGAGAGAGGACUGGCUUAAGAAGACGAAGUGAAAGUCCUGUAGUUAGAGUCCCUCAAAAAGUCCAAUAAGCUUUGGUACCCUUGCUUCUCAAUGGGCAGCUCUGUGAGAAUCCCAGCCCCCUCCUAUUAAUUCAUGAACUAGAGACGACCCCACAUCAUACCACACAUCCUUGCCAAUACUUUUUGAGUUUUUAUUCAAAGGUUUUACACAUGCAAUAAGAAAUACAUCCGAAGAAAAGAAGACACAGUAAAAAGACAAGCAAAUAAAAGAAGAAAGGAAAAAAAGAAAGAAACUAGACGAUCCUUGCCAAUAUCGAGGGGUAUGGGAAGGUUCUGCUUAUGGGAACAUGUCCUUCGUGGUGUUUCAUUGGCCUUCAGAGAAAUGCAAGCAGCAUCUUCAAAGGGCCAAUAAUAGAUCAGAUAGGUUUCCCCAUCUGGUACCAUCCAGGUGUGUUGACUUCCAUCAUAGCAUGAAAGUUUGUCCCUCACGCCAGGAAGAUACAGCUAGCUUCCAACCACAAAAUCCAGGGAUGAAGCUGUAUUCACUUAAUGAUCAUAUGAUUCACCAAAGAACUCCAGUAAUUCACUGAACAACCAUGGCAAAAAAAAAAAAGUGGUAAAAUCGGAUGUAUGUCACUUAACAACAGAUUGCUUAGCAGUAGAGAUUCUGGCCCCAAUUGUGGUCAUAAGUUGAGGAUUACCUGUACCAGAUUGGAGGCAUUAUACUUUAAAAAAAAUAGGCAGCUGCUAGCUAAUAAUACCUGUAUAAAAUUGAACUGAGUCAUUUGUCUUUGGGGUAUUAAAAGCCAAGCUUUCUGGAGAAUCAUAGCAUCUCUAGGCUUGGAUUCUCAUCAACGGUAUGCUAAACAGGGUUUAUGUUGCAUAAACCACCAUUGGCUGAGUUUGCACAAUAUGUUAAACCACAAUGCUAUUUCUUUUGGCUUUGGCUUAACAAGUUGAAUGACAGCAGCAUUCAAGAUUUACUUCCUGAAUGAAAUUCUUGAAUCCAGCAAUAAAAUUAAAAGAUGAUAAAUCUCCAUCUCUUAUUUUUUUUAAAAUGUUUUGCAAGUGCUUUUACCUGGCUACAUAUCUGCCGAUAGAGAUGGGUCCUCAGCCCAGGCCACCGGUAAAUGCCUUCUGAGUUAAAAUUUGCUGUUCUGAACCAACACCAGUUUUAGAAAAUUAUGUUUAAAAAUAUUGCUGGCCUAUUCCUUAAAAAAAAGGCUACAGCAUUAAUAAUCUAUUUAUAUAAUUAUGGGCCUGCAUUUCUGUAAACGAUUAAAUGUUAUAGAAAGUUAGCAGAAGGGAUGGGAGAGAGAAUACGCAAAAUAAAGGAAUAUAUGCAAACUGCUUGCCGGAUAAAAUUUCUU